AUGAGCCGACCCGAGAGCUUCACCCGGUCUUUGCAGCCGCCAUUCCCUCCAAAGUGUCCUUCCUCUUCCCCUCACAUGGCCGACGAGGAUGGCACCAGCGGGCUUGGGGUUGACCACCCGAGCUUCGGAUUCAUAGUCGGUGGCCCCGUGCUUCUCGAUGCAAUCUCAGGUCCUCCAAUACUCCCCAACGGCGACCCCUCCGGCGCUUCCCUAGAUUCUGGCGUCUGGUCUUUGGAUGCCUCGCCGCAAGCCAGCCCGAACGACAUCAGCAGCGCCAACAACACCGCUCUGCCACCCUCAGCGCAUUCAAAAUACUCGUCCCCGUCGCGGCCGACCCCGACCUUCGACCCUCAACAGCAGCAACAGCUACCCGAUUCUUCCGGUUUUGGUGGCUUCGGUCUGCCCAACAUCGACCCUACGUCAGCCUACCUCUCCAGUCAAAUGGCUACCAAGCGGGUCGCUGUCCUCCCAUUGUCAAAAGCUCGCCUACACUCUGUGACCAAGUUGGGUCCAGCUGUGCAGGAACAGCUGCGAAACACCGCAAUGCCCCCUCAUCUUCUGUAUGGAUCGUCCAAGAGCGCCUCCAGCCCUGAGUCGGCGAGGACGGGAGUCGGCUCAUCGCCUGAGGUCUCUGGAGGCUCUCACAGACAUUCUAGGAAGCGGAAGUUUUCGGCUGACUUCUUCGACGAUGAUGACCUUCUUGAGGAAGGCGAUAAGUCGGUCAAGAAGACUGCUCACAACAUGAUUGAGAAGCGCUAUCGCACUAACAUCAAUGACAAGUUUGCUGCGUUGCGAGACAGUGUCCCAAGUUUGCGUAUCAUGUGCAAGAGCGCAAAAGGAGAGGACACAAUCGAAGACCGUGAAGAAUUACAUGGUCUUACACCAGCCCAUAAGCUCAGUAAAGCAACUGUCUUGAGUAAAGCCACGGAAUACAUUCGGGACUUGGAAAAGAGGAAUAACAGGCUCCUAGAUGAAAAUGGCGCCAUGCACCAGAGGAUCGCCGCUUUCGAGAAGCUAUUCAUGGCCGGUGCCAUGAAUGGUUCUAUCCCUUCCAUGCAGCAGCACACAUCGAUGCAGUAUCCCCAAGAUGGUUGA